AUGAAUGGUGAAGCUUGGCUUUUCAUUUUUGCGGUGAUUUUGAACGCUGUCAACUUGUUUUUACAAGUGUUCUUCACAAUUAUGUAUUCUGAUUUGGAAUGCGAUUACAUCAAUCCAAUUGAAUUGUGCAAAAAAUUAAACAAUUAUAUCCUUCCAGAAGCCGCUCUUCAUGGUUUCUUGACCCUCUUGUUCUUGAUCAAUGGAUACUGGUUCACCUUCUUGCUCAAUUUGCCAUUGUUCGCCUUCAACGCCAACAAGUUUUACUCUAACAACUACAUGUUGGAUGCCACCGAAAUAUUCAGAACUUUGAGCAAACACAAGAGAGAAAGUUUCUUCAAGUUGGGUUUCCACUUGUUGUUGUUUUUCUUCUACUUGUAUAGAAUGAUUGUGGCAUUGAUUGCUGAUGAUAUGUGA